AUGCCAGGGGGACCUGUAGGUCGCCCUCCGUUUGGUGGAGGCACAUGGCCACCCUUCCGACCAGGUUCAGGUUUGCCUAUAAGUCCCGGGGGUCGCCCCCCAUUUGAUGCAGGUACCCCCCGUCCACCCUCCGGCACGGAACCUGGCCAACCAGGUAGCACUGACACACAACCGCCUUACCGCCCUAGCAUCCACCGCCCGUGCGGCACCGGUACAUGGCCCCCAUUCGGCCUGGGAAGAAGGCCUCCGUGCAGCUAUGUGGUGAAACCGCCUCAUCCGCCAGGUGGUAUACCUCCGUACGUCCAAGGCCCUGAGAAGCCUCAAUUCGAUCAAGAAGGCAGUGCACCCGGAUAUGGCUUAGGCAGUGAAGGUCCCGGAUGUGGCCCAGGCAAUGCACUAUCCGGGAAAUAUUCGUAUAACGGAACACCCGAAUGCAAUCCAACGAAGGGGACAGGGCCUCAGCUUGCCAUAGAUAAAGGAAGACCGGAGUAUCGGCAAGAAAGCAGAGGGCCAGAAUAUAAUACUAACGUUAACGGAAUUGCGAAUAGGCCAGUCAUGGGAUGGUCCCAAUACAACUCAGGCAUUGGAGGAAAUAUGCAUAAUACAGGGAGUAAAUUUCCAAAGCGUCCUAUGUUCGGCCCAAGCAGAAUGCCUCCAUUUGCUCCAAUCCCUGGCCCGGGAGGAGGAGAUCCUCUGUUAUUUUCUAGCCAGUUUCCACUCUUAGUGAGUGGUACAAGAUCUACUCCUAGUAUAAGAAGCCCAAUGUUCACCGGUCCUCUUCUAAUGCCUUAUCUAAGGGGCCUCCAAUCCCUAGCCAUCGCCGAGCCUACCAAUGAAGCUCGUGACUUGGAACCUCGAUCCCAGCCAGGUGGAGGAGGAGCACAGAUUGCCGCUACCGUUGGAUCCGGAUAG